AUGAUGACUACAACGACGACGAUGCGGAUAACUGGUGCUAGUGGCGGCGAUGGUGGGAGUGGUGAGGAUGGCAGCUGGCGACGACCUUCUGGCCCUCGUCCAUCCAUUGGCGGAGUAUCGGCCGUAUCUGUGGUGUCUCUAUACUCAGAGGAGGCUUUGAGGCCUGAAGAUAUGGAUAACGCGACGUUGUCUGCUGCUGUGGACGAACUUCGCGACAAAACACGUUACUUGGCGAUCGAAAAUGAAUGGAUGCUGUUGUUCCUGAUAAAGAAUGCUGAUGCAGAUGCAGGGGUGCUGCGGCAGCAGAUGCAGCGCGUGGGCGAGCGGGUGACGGAGGCGCUGGCGCGCGGGCUGCACCGCUCCGCGUCUGCGUCGCGACGCCCCAGCUUCGCGGCGGUUAUUACUUGCCAUCAUUGA